GCGCUAAGUGCAGAGUGGAUCGGCUAACAUCACAAACACAACCGCAGCCGGGCCACGACCCUGCAUCAACCCAACCACACACACACACAUCAGAGAGAGAUGGACGGAACCAACAGUCGCCAAAGUUUCGGAAGGUAACCCAGAGUCAUGGCCCACGAGAGAUCAGCUGCGACCGGACACGCGGACUGAUCUAGAGUCAGUUAUUCAGCUCGUUUUUGUUUGCUCGAGUGGACUCUGAGAUGUCGGGCUCGAAGCUGCUGGGUCGCGUGCGCUCCGCGUUCCGCCGACAGCCGGACACCUGGCACCUGAACGACGCGUCCGACUUUGAUUACCCAGAACAUCUGGAGGAAGACGAGACGCCCAAAUUCAACCAGCUGAAGGUGGUGGUGUCCGGGGACGAACUCCCCGCGGACGCGCCGAACGGCUCGACGGUCAGCACGGUGUUGGUGGACGAUGACGACUCUCUGCUGGGCUCGUCCUCGAGUCUCGGGAGCCCCGAAACGACGGCGGACCCCUGCGAGAACUGCAAGAGGGCGCGGGAACGCGGUAGACGCCGAGCGCUGAUGAGAAAGCUGGGCGUCGCGGCGCUCCUUUACUUUUUAUUUAUGGUUGGUGAGCUGAUAGGUGGAUAUAUGGCAAACAGUCUGGCCAUCAUGACGGAUGCGUUGCACAUUCUGACGGAUCUCAUCGGGAUUAUUGUGUCACUUCUGGCACUUUGGUUGUCUGCAAAACCACCAUCAUACAGAUUUACUUUCGGCCUGCAUCGACUCGAGGUGUUGUCUGCAGGUAUCAGUGUGUUAUUGAUCUACAUUCUGACGGGUGUGUUAGUGAAUGAAGCAGCACAGAGAACCAUUCAUCAGGACUUUGAAAUAGAUGGAGACGUCAUGCUGAUCACAGCAGCGGUGGGCGUCGCCAUUAACGUGUUGAUGGGAUUUCUGCUAGGUCAGUCUGGACAUCUUCACUCACACGGCCACGGUCACUCACACGGCCACGGUCACUCGCACGGCCACGGUCACUCACGUGACCCAGCUGGGCGGAGUCAAGGUCAAGGGCAGGGUCAAGAUCAGGGUCGGGGUCAAGAGCAGGGUCGGGGUCAGGAGAGUCUUUUGGUACGAGCUGCUUUCAUUCAUGCUGUGGGUGAUCUGGUGCAGAGCGUUGGGGUUCUUAUCGCUGCUUACAUUAUCCGGUUUAAGCCUGAGUAUAAACUGGCAGACCCCGUGUGUACGUACCUGUUCUCCAUCUUAGUGUUAUUCAGCACUUUCCAAAUCAUUAGAGAUACAGGAAUCAUCCUGCUGGAGGGUGUGCCGCGUCACAUGGAUGUGUCUGAAAUCAGAGCCGACCUGUUGAAGCUUCAGCACGUGCAGUGUGUGGAUGAACUGAAGCUCUGGGCCCUGACGGCUGAAAAAACCGCUGCCAUCGUUCACCUGCAGCUGGUGCCAGGGAUGGUGGGUAACUGGGAGGAUGUGCAGGCGAAUGCACGGCGUUUGCUGAUGAUGUCACACGGGGUGACGCACUGCACGGUGCAGCUGCAGACGCAGAGAAAUGGACUGCCGCAGUCCUGCACGCGCUGUCUCUCACUGAGUGCCUAGAGACGUUUGUGCUCACCUCAUCUGCCUGUCUCUCUCUCACACACACACACACACACACACACACACACACACACACACACACACACACACACACACACACACACACACACACACACACACACACACACACACACACACAGAUUAUGAGAGGGUGAGACAGAUGAACCCAGCUGGGUUUUAAUGAUUGUCUAGCAGCUUUUUCUACACUGAACAUUGGACUCAUUUUGAUACAUCUUUAAUAUGACAAACACAGUGAGUUAUUUUUGUUUUUUAUUUGAUGAUUCAGUCUGUUGAUGGGAAAUGUUGACAGCUGAAAUGUUUGUGUAUGUAACUCUCUGCAUGUGAUUGUUAUAAACUGAAUAUAACAGCAGCCAAUGACUUUACUCUAAUACACAAACACACAAUCCAAGAACUGCACAUGAUUCUGUUUUUUAUCUUUUUAGUUAAUAAUUUGUCCUCAGAUGCAAAAUAAAUAGAAAACCCUUUAUUUAAACAUCAAUAAAAAUCCUUAAUGCCUUUUAUUAUUUUAUACUUUUGUUUUACCGUUUGAUAUUUGGCUUUAGGUUGUGUCUGAGAGAGGGAAUGUUUGUUCACUGAUUUCUUUAUUACUGCAGUAUUUGUUGUGUGUGUUUGUGGGCAUCAGGAUGAUUGAUGUAAACUGACAAUUAAAGCGCUUGAUAACUUGAAAUAAUAAAUGAAUUUUAAAUGGC